CGCGACACCUCGCCCGUGUUGACGGCAAUUGACGUGUCCCCAUCAACACAACAAUGGCGGAUGCUGUGGAGGAAGUUCUUGUGGGCAGUUGGGACCAGGACCUAGCCGAGGCUCUGGACUCCGGCGGCUCCGACAUGGAGGUGGAGAGGGGCAUGGUCCAGGUGCCGGAGAGAGCCAAGAUGUGGAAGACGGCUCUGAAUGUGUCUGGGAAAGGAGACAGCCUCUCUAACUGGGAUGGGGUGCUGGACUUACCAGAACAGACCCUGAUUCACAACCGCAGCCAACAGCUGAUCGAUCACUUAGGAGUAGCAGAGGAAGAGAGGAGCGACAUGGUGUCCGAUGUGGAGGCGGUCAUCACUUUCUACUGCAAGUCGCGAAACAUUACCUUCACCCCAGAGCUGAGCUGGCCGCACCUGCUCAAGCCGCUGCUGGGGCUCCAGCUGCCCCGCAGUGACCUCUACAACUGCUUCUACGCCAUCAUGAACAAAUACAUCCCCAGGGACUGUGUGCCAAAAGGCCGGCCCUUCCACCUGUACAGGCUGCUGCUGCAGUACCAUGAGCCAGAGCUCUGCUCCUUCUUGGACACCAAAAAGAUCACACCUGACUCCUACGCCAUGAGCUGGCUGGGCAGUCUGUUUUCCAGUCAUUGCCUUCCUGAGGUGACCCAGGCCUUGUGGGAUAACUACCUCCAACAGGCUGACCCCUUCCUCAUCUUUUUCCUCAUGCUCAUCAUCCUCGUCAAUGCCAAAGAUACCAUCCUUGCACAAGAAGGAGACAGCAAAGAGGACAUCAUCAAAAUGCUGGAAGGGUCACCUGCUCUGCUGGAAGCUGAGGACAUCGAAGACUUGUUCUCUCUGGCGCAGUACUACUACAGCAAGACUCCACUGUCACUCAGGAAGGAGAACCAGAAUCUGUUUGGCAGCAGCUUGGUGGCUCUAAAAGAGGAGGACAUGGACUUGAGUCAGGCACUGUGUCUCCCUGUGUCUGUCCCUGAGAUCCUCCAGGCCAAUCAGCUGCAGCAGGAGGGGGUUCGCUUCUUUGUGGUGGAUUGUCGGCCUGCAGAGCAGUACAACGCUGGGCAUCUGUCCACAGCUUUCCACCUGGACUCUGACCUGAUGCUCCAGAACCCCUCUGAGUUUGCGCUGUCUGUGAAGUCUCUCCUGGAGGCGCAGAAGCAGUCUCUGGAGUCCGGCUCCAUUGCCAGCGGGGAGCACCUGUGCUUCAUGGGCAGUGGGAGAGAGGAGGAGGACAUGUACAUGAACAUGGUGUUAGCUCAUUUCCUGCAGAAAAACAAAGAAUAUGUCAGCAUCGCAAAAGGUGGUUUCAUGGCUCUGCAGCAGCACCUAGUAGACAUGAAUAUCGAGGGGCUCGAUUCCUCAUACGUCCACUGGAUCGUCAGCACCUCGGGGUCUCACAGCAGCCUCAGCUCUGCUGAUGGAGAGUCCUUGAGCAGCCCUGGUGAUAGCAAAGGGGUCAAGUCUUUGGUCAACAAAAUGACGUUUGCGCUCAAGUCCAAGUCUGUGAACGUAAAGGAGAAGAUGAUCAGCUUCAUUGAGAAUACCUCCACCCCUGUCGACAGAAUAUCUUUCAAUCUGCCCUGGCCAGAGAAGGUGAUUCCAGAUCGGCAUGUAAGCAGCAGUGACCGUGUCGGCAAACCCUACAGGGGAGUGAAGCCUGUGUUCAGUAUUGGUGAUGAGGAGGAGUAUGACACAGAUGAGAUUGACAGUUCAUCUAUGUCAGACGAUGACCGGAAGGAGAUCGUCAACAUUCAGACAUGGAUAAACAAACCUGACGUAAAACAUCACAUUACAUGCAAUGAGGUGAAAGAGACUGGCCACAUGUUCCCAAGCCACCUGUUGAUCACAGCGACUCACAUGUACUGCCUGCGGGAGAUCGCUUCGCGGAAAGGUUUCGCCUACAUCCAGUCCAGACAGGCUCUGAACUCAGUGGUGAAGAUCACCUCAAAAAAGAAGCACCCAGAACUCAUUACAUUCAAGUUUGGUAACAACAACAGUGCUGGAGUGGAGAUCUCAGCAGUUGAGAGAUAUUUGAUACCCAACGCAGGCGAUGCCACCAAGGUCAUCAAGCAGCAGAUCAUGAAGGUCCUGGACGCUCUGGAGAGUUCGUAAAGGGAAACUGGAGGCAACAUGGCAGACCAUAAGAGAAACUGUAAGGAAGAGUCUGUGCCUCCUGCUCUCCCCUGCCCUGUCCUCCCUCCUGGACAGAACCAGUGCAGUGUUGACUGUGAAGCCUCGUGUGUCUGUUUGGGACAAGGGGGCUCGUCACCGACUGAACACCUGUGGGACAGGCUGUGUGUGAUGAAACACUGAGGUGCUCCACAAUCCAACCGUUCUCCUCACUCUUAGUUAAAAAGCAAAGGUUAAGUUUGGACUUUUUUUUUCUUUACUUUCUGGAAGAUAAAAAAUGGGAUCUCAUUACAGUGCAGCUUCACUCUGGCGUUUUCCCUUUAGCCUUAAAAUAAUCCAUUGAUCUACCAGUGGCAAACCUGUUAAAUCAUUACCUACAUGUCUGUGAAAUUGGUUCAGAGGCUGACACAACAUUGUUUUCACUUUGACUUGUCUGUCUUGGAGUCAAACAAAAGUGUUUAUCUCACUCGUAUUGCAGAGAAGAGUAUUGCAGUCCAGGCCUGCUUUCUUAAUUUACUUUACAUUAAAACUAUACAUGGAGUUUAGGUGUUGAGUUUCCUGUUUAAAGAUAAUUAUUCUGGUCGGGAAGUUGAGUAUGAGUCACACACUGCAAAUUCAAACAGAAGAUGCACAUCCCAAAAAAAGCAGUGGUGGCACAUGUGGCAGGUUUCCUACCGCAGCAACUGUUUUUGAUACUUUUUUCCCAGCACACAGCCUUAAAUCUAAGUUAUUUGAGGAUGUUUAUAAAUAUGUAUUGUAUAUAGUGUGUAAACUGCUCUAUAUCAGCACAGACCUUUGCAGCAUCGUUUUGAAGGUAUAUCCAGAUAGUUAGAGUAUACGGUUGAAAUGUAACUGGCUUUUAAACCAGCUCACACGGUUUGAAUUCCUGUCUUAGUAGACUAAGCACUAAUUAUUUUACAGAGUUUCUGGGGAAAUUGUUUGUUUCCUGCUUUUACAUGUAUUGGAUUAACUUCUUGUUUCAUACUGGUCUUGUGUAGCUCUGAGAAGGCAUUAUUUAUAGCCCCUCUGGACAACAUUGCUACUACAAAAGGAGCUCUGGCAUUUAUAGAUGAUUAUAUUGGGAGCCUGAACACCUCAGUCAUUCUUCAUCUCAUUCUGAGUUACUUUAUAAAUAAUUUCCUUUAGUUAUCUGGAUGAAUUCCAGGUGACAUAACCUGCUGUUUUUCAGAAAACUGUGAUUGUAUUAAAGUCUAGAGCAGUGUAACAGUAAUUUGAGCCACACCUUGCUAAAUAUUAUCCAUUUAGGAAAUAAAAAUGGCUCUAACACAGAUUAUGCUUCACAUUGUUAGGCACAGCAUAGAACUUGAAAUCAUUAAAGAUUAUUUGUAAAAAGGGUAAAUAGUCCCUUUGUGCAGUAUGAGUCAAAAUGAAUUGGCUUUGCCAGUUUGUCCACCAGUUCAUUUGCCACUGUUGCCUUCGGCCUCAUGCUUGUGAUGUGAUGUUGGCACAAGCAGUGGCAACAUAUUGCUGUGUUUGCUGCUCCUCCUGGCAUCUUAAAUUAUAUAUGGGAUUCUUACUUUUUUCUUAGGCUAGUUGGGUGAGCAGUUUUCGGAAAAAGUGCAUCCCUGUCCUCAUUACGCUCCGUAAAUUAUUUGUCCAGAGAGGGCUUAUGCCUUUCUUCCCUGAAGACUGUUUGAAGACGACUUCUUAUCCUGAAUAAAACAUAAGGCAGUAUCUGCAGUAUGGGCAACAUUAAAACUUGAAUCAUGACUAAAGAUGAAUCUGGUCAUUCUUCACCUCAGUCUCUCAUAGCAUUCCUGUGUAAUUCAUGCCUUGUGUUGUACUCUGUAAUUUUGUGAUUUGUUCAGUAUUCUCCUCACUGGAACAUCCUUGUCUGCUCAGUGAGAAAAGUCUUAACUAUCGAUCCGCUGCUCUUUAACAUCAUCGGCGAAGGACGUCACAGAUGCCACCACUUGUCAAAAUGCAACAUAUAAGUUUGCAAAGUAUCUUGUAUAUUUUGCACCUUAAUGUAUCUAUUAUUGUUUUCUAACAGUUUUUUUGUUUUUAAUAAAUGGAGAUUAUUCAACUGCA